AUGAAGUGGUUAUGGCGAUUCGUUCUUCCCUUGGCGCUGCUUUUAUUGCAGGCGCUUGUGGUCGAGUCGAAUGAUGCGUUCGCAUCUACAGCUAUUGCUCGCGAAUCCGCGGAGUCACGAGCCGGCGGGGCUACCGACGCGCGCCCUGAGAAUGAACAUGUCUCGUCUGCGUUGAAGAUCCUCCGUGACCGCAGACUCUCGACUGUCCAAUCGGACAAGCCAUCCGGCAUGCUUGGAUAUACCCUACACUAUGGCAAAAGCGCCUUCCGAAUCCUGUUUAUGAACGGACCUCCCCCGGAUACAAAUACACGAAAAAUAAACCCCAACGUGGCCAAGGCCGUCAAGGAGCUGGAGAUCGCGGCACGAGAGGACCAGGACCCCGACGCGAUGUUCCUACUGGCGGAGAUGAACUUCCACGGCAACUUCACGCACCCCCGCGACUUUAAGCAGGCGUUCCAAUGGUACGAUAACCUUGCGUACUUGACGGGCAACAGUACAGCGCAGUAUAUGCUGGCUUUCAUGUAUGCAACUGGGAUUGGCGGCGGUGUCGAGCGCGACCAGGCGAAGGCAUUGUUGUAUCAUACUUUUGCGGCAGAGGGAGGCAAUACCCGGUCUGAGAUGACGCUGGCUUAUCGCCAUCAUGCUGGCAUUGGAGCUCCCAGGGAUUGUGAUGAAGCUACCUAUUAUUACAAGAGGGUGGCAGACAAGGCCAUUCAGUACUAUCGUUCUGGACCGCCUGGAGGCCACAAUAUGAUCCGCGAAGCGUAUCGUUGGGCUGACGAAGAGGGAGGUGUCUAUGGUGAAGGUGCCAGCAUGUCGAGCUCAGGGCCCAAUGCAUUGCGCGAUUCGCAGUCUAGCACCGAGGCCAGUCUGGAAGAUGUUCUGGAGUACUUGGAUUUGAUGUCGAGGAAAGGGGAGCUGAAGGCUACCUUUAGCCUGGGAAAGAUGCACUACGAAGGAGCGCGAGGCAUGCCCCGGAACUUCUACAAGUCCCUGAAGUACUUCAAGCAGGUUGCGAGACGGUAUUGGAAUAAGGACGGCUCUAUCAACCCAAAUCAUCCCAUGGGAAUUGAGAAGCUGGCUUCCAAGGCAGCUGGCCAUAUUGGGCUGAUGUACCUGCGUGGUGAGGGUGUAGAGCAGAACUUUAGCACGGCUUUCACGUGGUUUAAACGUGGAUUGGUUAACGGGGACCCUCUAUGCCAGCAUGAAAUCGGGCUGAUGUAUCUCCAUGGGUACGGUGUUAACCAGGAUGCAUUCAAAGCGUCGGCAUACUUCAAGGCCGCAUCGGAGCAGAACUACCCAGGAUCAGCAACAAGGCUGGGUGCUCUUUUCCUCGAUCAAGGCGACGUUUCCACUGCCACGAAAUACUUCGAGCUAGCCGCGCACUGGGGCUGGAUGGAGGCGUUCUACUACUUGGCAGAGAUGUCCAACAACGGAGUGGGCAGACAGCGACACUGCGGGAUGGCCGCAUCGUACUACAAGAUGGUCGCGGAGCGGGCAGAAGCCAUCCACUCAUCCUUCCUUGAAGCAAACGAUGCGUACAAAGACGGUGAUAAAGAGCGCGCUCUUGUCGCCUCAAUGAUGGCCGCAGAGCAAGGGUACGAAAACGCUCAGGCCAAUGUCGCGUUUCUUCUCGAUGAGCAGCGCUCGCUGCUGCCGGUUGACUCCGUCCUUUCGUACGGUACAGAUGCCCGACGACCACAACCCUCGUCAUCCUUGCUCAAGAAUGCCGCGUUAGCUUUGAUUUACUGGACUCGUUCAGCUAAACAAGCAAACAUUGACUCCUUGAUCAAAAUGGGCGAUUAUUACCUCACUGGGACCGGUAUCUUAGCAGACGCUGAGAAGGCCUCGACCUGCUACCAUACUGCUGCUGAGGCUCACCAUAGCGCACAGGCUUACUGGAACCUCGGUUGGAUGCAUGAGAAUGGAGUUGCCGUCGCGCAGGACUUCCACAUGGCCAAACGAUACUAUGACUUGGCGCUGGAGAUUAACUCUGAAGCGUAUCUGCCGGUGAAGCUUAGCUUGAUUAAGCUUCGGUUGCGGAGUUACUGGAAUAGCAUCACCAAUGGCAAUAUCAAUCCUAUACAGGAGGAAGAAAAUUCGAAACCCCGCCGAACUUUCAAGGAAUGGAUCACAGCAUUCAUCGAAAACGACGAGGAAGAAGAAGCCCGCUACCGAGCUCAGCUGUACAGACAACGAGCCGAAGAAGACGAGAUGCUGGGAACCAGCGCCGAUGCACACGAUGAGGGCCAUGACGACGGAUAUUACGACGACAUGGAGCUUGAUAUCGACGAAAGCCUCCUCGAGGGCCUUAUUAUCUUCACGUUGGCUGCGACCCUGCUUGUGCUGAUAUACAUCAGACAACAGCGUAAUCGCCAGAGGCCUAAUGGAAAUAAUGCCAAUAAUCAGGCGCCGGGGAAUGGUGAUGAUCGAGGGCUUUUUCCAAGGCCCGGGGAGCCGGAGUUCAAUCAAUGGGUUGCAGGGGGUAUAGGGCAUUGA